AGGAAGAGGAGCUGACUGAAGACAGCAUUUCAGGUACCAUAGAACCCGAUACCCGGACAUGUCUCCUCUGUGGCUGCUUCUGGGCCUCCUGGCUCUGACUGGCUCCUCUGAAAGCAGCAAUUGGGGGUGCUAUGGAAACAUUCGCACCCUGGACACCCCAGGAGCAUCCUGCAGGAUUGGAAGACGCUAUGGCCUGAGUUACUGUGGAGUCCGUGCCUCUGAACGGCUGGCUGAAGUAGACAGGCCAUAUCUUCUGAGAUACCAACCCACCAUGAGACUUGUUGGGCAGAAAUACUGUAUGGAUCCUGCAGUGAUCGCUGGUGUCCUGUCAAGGGAGUCUCCUGGUGGCAAUUUUGUAUUGGACAUGGGCAACAUGGGCAGUGGACUCGGGAUGGUGAAGGAGUCAAAAUUCUACCCUCCCACAGCUUGGAAGAGUGAGACCUGGGUUUCCCAGAAAACUCAGACUCUGACAUCCAGCAUCAAAGAGAUCAAGACUAGGUUUCCAACCUGGACCACGGACCAGCACCUGAGAGGCGGACUCUGUGCCUACAGUAAAGGUCCCAACUUUGUCCGAAGCAACCAAGACCUGAACUGUGACUUCUGCAACGAUGUCCUCGCGAGAGCCAAAUACUUCAAGAACCAUGGAUUCUAGCACAUCGGGAAAAACUCAAGUUCAUUGUUGGACUCGAGGCUUCUUCUGUCCCACUGAUGUCUAGCUGGUGAAGCCUGCAGUCGCACAUCUGAGUUGAAUCUGAAGGCUGUCAAAAUAUCAUGAAUUACAUUAAAGAAAAUAUUAUC